GCCGCAAACGCGUUGCGGAAAUGUUUUGCUGUGAGCAUCGUCGGCAACACUUACACUUAUCAGAAGUACAAACAUAUCCUGGCCAUAGUUCCAGUCGCUAUUCCACGUUUUAAUCGUAGCAACAACAAUUGAUCAAGAAUACCAAAGGAAUACCGUUAAUUACUUUCAGUGAAGGUCUCUCUCUGCUGCCGCCAUGAUGCCGCUGGCGCUGCCGUUGAAGACGCUGCUGCUGGCGCUGCUGCUGAGCCAGGCGCUGCCGCCGAGUACUGGCUCCGCGGUGCUAAUCUCCGACAUGACAAUGACCAUGAUGGUGGAGCUCUCGUCACGACAUCCCUUCUGCAAGAUGCACACGGAUCGGGGUGACAUUCAACGAAUGCUGUUGCAAUCGGAUCCUCGACGGAUUCGCCAGGUGCCCAGGGAGUCGGUGGUGGAGCUGGAGGAGGUGUGUCGUCGCCAGGGCUCCUAUGGUCAUGAGUUCCGUGGUGGCCUGGGAUUCAUCUAUCCGGGCACCAAGUGGUGCGGACCUGGCACCUCAGCUGUCAACUAUGAUGACCUGGGACCACAUGUGCGCGAGGAUCGAUGUUGUCGCGAGCACGACAUGUGUCCCGAUGUGCUCAACGUCGGUGAUUGCCGGCGCGGAUUAUGCAAUCGGGGCACCUUCACCCGAUCCCAUUGCGAUUGCGAUGCACGCUUCCGGCGCUGCCUGCAGGCGGCCAACACGGAGACGGCCAACACGCUGGGCGCCAUUUUCUACAAUGUGGUGCAGGUGACCUGCUUCCAGGAGCGCAGUCCUUGCUCUGCGCACCAGAGAGCCGGCUACAAUGAAACGGAGCAGGAGGCCAUCUGCGCCCAGUGGCAAUAUCAGCCAUCGGAAAAGUAUGUGCCCAGCCAACCGCGCACGUCGUAAAUAUUCUACAUAUGUAUGUACAUAUCUACAUAUGUAUAUUGACGACCUGAUCUGGAACUGUUCAAGUGACCCUACCUGGAAACGGAUACAAAUCUACAAUAUCAAUUAGCAAUUACUAUAGUAUUAUAUACUCGCACUCGUCCCCCACCCCCGCUCAUGGCAGUCCAGUGCUGCCCAUUUCAUUCUGGAGCAAAAACCGGUGCCAAAUGUGCAGCGUACAGUGCUGGUAAAUGUCAAAUAUAUUUUCAUAUACAAAAAAAAGAGAUU